AUGGAUGCGCCCGUGCCGAAGCUCGCGGAGCUCCUCCGCCAUGCCGACGACCUCGACAAGAUCGCCGGCCUGAAGCAAGAGUUCUCCCGCAAGAAGGGCGCCGUCGACUCGCAGCUCCGGAGCGGUCUGCGCGAGCAGCUCGAGACGACCCAAUCGGGCAUGACGGGCCUGACGGACGGCCAGAAGACGGUGCAGCAGAUCAAGGAGGAGAUGAUCAAGAUCGACCGCCUGUGCUCCGAGUCGCAGAACAUGAUCAAGGACUUCAACAGCAUCAACCUCGUGUCCCAGGCGCACCGCAACUUCGGCGCCGUCGAGGCCAUGCGCAAGAACCUCGAGACCUUCAACGAGCGGCUGGCCAUCAUCGAGCGGCUGCUCAGCGAGGACGAGGGCGACAAGGAGAACAUGCCCAACCUGCUGCCGAUCCACUACGAGCUCACCCAGCUGAGGAACAUUCGAGACGAUGCGAUGGAGCAGAUACAGAGAGCCGAGGAUCCGGGGCUGGAGUCGACGCUCGAGGACUACUUCCAGAGGCUGGAUACCAUGAUUGACUGGUUCGACGAGCACAUCGGUAUUCUGGCGCUGAACCUGAUCAACCUGGUCGUCAACGACAACAACGGGCUGGUGGUGCGCUUCGCCGUCGUGAUCGAGGCGGAAGAGAAGAGCGACCAGCGGGUGCUGGCACUGCAAGAAGCGUUGAAGGACCACAAGGAGAUGGCAACGAGGUUUCAGAGCAUCACCGACGGUGCGAAGAAGGUCCGAGGUUAUAAAGAUAAGUUCACGCAGGCUAUCAAGAUCAGCGUCGAGGGACAGUUUGCGGAGGUCAGGGGGGAGUUCUUGGACGACCCCUCGGCACUAGACAAGAUCUUGAAGUGGUACUUCAACGACCUGAACGCCGUGAAGAUGGGCAUGACCCCGUUGAUGCCGAAAAAGUGGAGGAUUCUCAAGACAUACGGCGACAUAUACCACCAGACGAUGCACGACUUCCUCGUCGGCAUGAUCGACGACCCAGAUUCCACUUCCGCCAACACAUUAGAAAUCAUCAACUAUCCCGAAAAGUAUUACAAGAAAAUGAAGAAGCUAGGGUUCAAGCAGGAGGACCUGACGCCUCACGUCAUCGACUCCAGAGAAACGGAGCUGGUGCGCGACUUCCGGCAGCUCAUCAUCAAGUUCCUCGACGACUGGAUCGAGCGAAUCUUCACCGCAGAGCAGAAAGACUUUGCCGAGCGCAACGUCGAAGGAUCCAACCUGGACCAGGACGAGUAUGGCUAUUUCCGGACCAGGAAUCUCGUCGACAUGUGGCGCAUGCUGCGUGAGCAGAUCGACGCGGCCGCCAACUCGAAGCGCAUGGACGUCCUCGAGGGCGUUAUCGACGCCAUGUUCCUGCGGUUACGCGGCCGGCAGCAAUCGUGGCAGAAGAUGCUCGACGAGGAGGCCGUCAAGUACGAGACCGGCAAGGUGCCGGAGCUCGAAGGGUUCCAACAGCUCCAGGACUGGCUCGUGGCCACGGCGAACGACCAGAUCGCCUGCGUCGACGACAACGAGGACGAGGGCCGACUGGCCUACCUGUCCAACUUCAAGCAAAAGUUCGAGCCGCUCGUGUCGCCGGCGUACAUGGAGCGCGCCGAGGGCGAGGUCGAGCUGCUGAGGGACGGCUACGUGGACUUCAGCACGUGGUGCAUCACAAAGUUCGUCCAGCUCAUCUUCUCGGUCGACUUCAAGAUGGUCAUGCCCGACUUCUUCACACCCAAGUGGUACACGAGCACCGCCAUGAAGCAGAUGAUCGUCACCUUCGAGGAGUACGUCAACGACUACAGCCAGGUCCUACACCACUCCCUCGUCGACAUCUUCACCGAGAUCUUCGCCGACGAGCUCCUCGUCCGCUACCUGUCGUCCGUCCGCAACAAGGGCGCCAAGUUCCGCCGCUCCGACCCCUUCCAGGACAAGUUCUUCAACGACAUCUCCACCGCCUUCGAGUACUUCGGCGCCCUGCCCAACCCGGCCGUCGGCGCCUCCGUCAAGGAGAACUGGCGCGUGAGCGAGUACUUCCUGCAGCUCCUCAUGGCCGACAAGGACGCCCUCCCGGACACGUACGCCAACUUCAAGACCGCCUACUGGGACCUGCAGAUCUCCUGGGUCGAGGCCGUGCUGCGGUCGCGCGACGACUUUGACCGGAGCAUGCUCAACGCCGUCAAGGCCCGGGCGGCGCAGGUCGACGUCGAGAGGGGGCCGGAGACCAUCAUGAGCAAGGUCAAAUAG